UCUCCUCCCUGUGACAUUCUCUCCUUCUCCCACUCUCUAUAACAAUCUCCCUCCCUCCAUCUCUGGCACUGUGAGGACAGAACUCCCGAUCUGCACGUCUUGGAUGGCGCUGCAGUGGGUAGAGAAUGAUCUCCAGUUAUCAUUGGAUGACUUCAUCCCUCCGCACCUGCAGAGGAAGAGCAGGUCCAGCAACAAAUACACAGAAGACCAGGUUAUCUCUGAUGAUGAAAACCAUAUGUACAAAGCCAAGUUGGUGCUCACCUCUGAAGACACCUGGGACAGCCCAAGUCCACGUACACAGAGGCGCUGGAUCCGCUAUGAAGGCAUUGGACCUACAGAUGAAGACGGACUGCCCUUCGCGUCCAGAUCUAGUGUGGACAAACCCAGAGAAUGGUACAAGAACAUGUUUAGAAUUCUCCAUCCGCUGUCAGAUGCUGAAGACAGUGACAGUGAGGGGUCUAUCCAGGCUGAAGACGGAUCACGGACCCACCAUGUGAAAACAGUUUCUAGAAAUCUAAAUAAAGGACCACAAAAUGAGCCAGAUAAGGAUGAGCAAUCCAUAAGAAGUAAAGAAACCAGCGACCUGCAUAUAAAACUGAAUCCUACUGUCAGGGAGUCACCCAGCACGAUAAGCGGAACCUCCAAAGUUCAGACAUCUGUAGUCCCUUCAUCAACCUUGUUACACGCCACUGGAUAUUCUCAUCUCGUAUUAAAUAAACCAUCAGAAGAACAACGAUCUCCACCUAGCAGGUCUGAAGAGUCACAGUUUACACGUCGCUCCACUGGUACCCAUUCCUCAACAAUCUCUACCUCCAAACAGUCUCAACAAACACAGGCCAAUGCCAACCAAAAGCAAACUUCAGAACCUAAUUCAGACUCUUCUAGGCCAUCGUACACUUCGAGAGUCUCUGACUUUCCUCAUACUCAAUCACUCCUUACAAACAGAGAGACGUCUUCUCCAAAAAGCCCCACAGAGAAGAUCAAGUACUUCACUUUAGGAGUCAACUCUUCGGCCCGUCCUUUAAGCCCCACAUCCAGAGAUCGAGUGAAAUCCACUAAAGUGUUGGACCAGCUGGAGACAGAGCUGCGUGAGUUCACAGAGGAGCUGGACAGAGAUCUGCAGGCCCGGAAACACACAGGGAGUCUGGAACUGUGUGAGGAGGUUAUAUUACGGAGAUCUUCAUACAGGGAAGCAGAUGGCAGAGCCGAGUCAAACUUACAUAGUACACAGAACAGUGCAGCUCAGAACAUCAGAAGUGACACAGAGGACAAUCAGCAGGCUCUCUCCCCUGUGGCACAGGCAAUCGUAAAGUUUGACUUUGUGGCAGAUUCAGAAAAAGAAAUCUCAUUGCAGCGUGGAACUACAGUCCACAUUUUGAAGCAAGUAGACAAAAACUGGCUUCUGGUAGAACAAAAAGGGCGACGAGGCCUGUUCCCCGAGAGCUAUGUCAAGGUUAUCUCCCUUGAUCAGCAUGAUGGAGCGGACACUCCCCAGCUCUCAGCGAUUGCUCUGUAUGACUUCGAGGCUGACUCUGACGUAGAGCUACCACUACUCAAAGGUCAGCUUGUCUCCAUAACUCGCAGGGUGGAUGGUAGGUGGUUUGAAGGGCGAGUUGAAGGUUCUCCACGUCUUGGUCUGUUUCCAGCAAACUAUGUGCAGAUCAAAGAUGGGCCUUUGGAGAAAAAGAAGGAGAUCCCUCAAGUUAAGGCAAUGAAAGGUACAAAGCCUAUAGUGCAGGUCUCCGAUGGUGUCACACUCAGAGAAAAACCAUGUGUUGUCAAGGCACCUGCAUCCAAUAAACUGCAGAAGCUCCAGGGGACUAUGUACCGGACAGUAUUUCCUUUCUCUCCUAAUAACUCGGAUGAGCUGCAGUUGCUGGCAGGGGAUGUGGUGACUGUGACACAGCAGUGUGAGGAUGGGUGGUAUGUAGGUGUCUGCUGGAGAACACAGCAAUUUGGAACCUUCCCUGGAAAUUAUGUUGUUCCAUAUGUGACUUCUUAGUCCUGGAGGCUUCACUUUCAAGUGCUUCUGGACAUUCUACGGAAUCCUUCUUGGACUGGUAGUGCCAACCCCUCUGAUUCAGUGAUUUCAUUGAAUUACAAGGAAGAGAUUAAUGAAAUAACCUUCCGGCAUAUACUAGCCAUGGCCUUCAGCUGAUGGGGGACGCUGGAUUACAAGGAAGAGAUUGAUGAAAUAACCUUCUGGCAUACACUAGCCAUGGCCUUCAGCCGAUGGGGGACUAGUUGAUGCAACCUACCUUGUCAGUGAACAGAGCAUUGCAACUGAGGGAAAAUUACUAAUAUUUUUCUUACUAUAUACCAUAUUUUUGUCCCAAUGAUUUCACCCUCCAAUUUGUCCAUAAUGUAUUUUCUGGUUUUGACCAUACCCCAUAACGCCAUCUUAUUUUCCCAUGUAUGUUCCUUGUUUCAAGCUUUUAAAUGCACCUUAUUCUUUCUUGUUUUGCUGAUAGUAUAGCUGAUCUUACAAUCUUACAAGCCUAGUGUUUUUUUUUUGUGUCCUGGAUGAAAUGUAUAUAUUAGGUAGAAGGGAUGCUUCUCUGCAAGUAUGUGCUGUGCCCAAUGCUACUUGCUUUUCUUUACCAUGGGCAGGACCUUACUAGGCCUCAUGCAGCUGAGCUCUGCCUUAGUGCUUGCCCAGUUUGCCACGUAUAGGACAUCACUAGGCUAGGCUCAGUUUUAUGGGCAUUUCAUCCCUGCCCCUCCCAUAUACCCAGCAGAUCAGCCAUCCCUUUCUUUCUCUCCAGGCUUCCGUAGAUGAACUUCAAAUUCUCACAGGAAGUACUUCAAGUUGUCUGAUUGCGCUUAGGUUUUCUGGCCCCAGUUGCUUCUCCAGUGGUCUCCUCAGUCUCUGCACUAUUGACUUCUCGUUGGCCAUUUCCCUUUUAAAGUAACUGUAUAAUGUUUUGACCAGGUUUCUUUUUGAAGUAAAAGAGUGUUCAAUGUCCACA